AUGAGUAAGAUGUAUAAUUUUGAUUUGAAGUUUAUCAAGCGUUUUCUGCGUUUGUUAAAGUUGAUGUUUCCAGCAUGGAAGAGUUUAGCCGUUAUUCUGUGUGUAUUUCUACUCAUGCUUUCACUAUUAGAACAAGUAAUAAUUUACUAUAUAGGACUAAUACCAAGUAAAUAUUAUAAAGUAUUAGGAACGAAAGAUGAGGAAGGUUUUAAGAAUCAAACUAUUAUAGCUGUGUUACUUAUCCUUGCUGAAGCAUUUAUCAAGAGUAGUAUAUUAUAUGUUGCUGGCGUACUGUAUAUCGCAUGUAGAGGCAAUCUCUCAAAAGCUCUUCAUGCGUUAUAUUUUAAAGAUACUUUAUAUUAUCAGAUCAACAACAUUGAUAAAACUAUAGAUAAUCCAGAUCAGCGUAUAACUCAAGAUGUGGAUAAACUAUGUAAUCAGUUUAGUCUAGUUUUAAUCCGACUGAUUAUUUCACCAUUUUUAAUUGGUUAUUAUAUAUAUCAAGCUGCUAAAAGUACUGGAUAUCUAGGACCAGUGAGUGUUUUUGUGUUUUUUAUUGUUGCCACGGUUAUCAACAAGUUUUUGAUGUCACCAGUAGUUCGGUAUUUUUAUUAUCAAGAACAAAAAGAAGGAGAUUUUAGGUUUAAACAUAUGCAGCUAAGAGUAAAUGCUGAAUCAGCAGCUUUUUAUAGAUGUGGGACCAUUGAGGAAAAGAAGACAAAUGAAAAGCUUCAAAGUCUUCUCUCUGUACAACAUAAACUAAUACAGCGAGAAUAUUUAUUAAAUUUUUCUAUAAAAGCUGCGGAUUAUUUAGGCAGUAUAUUAAGUUAUGUGGCUAUAGCUGUUCCUAUAUUUGUAGGAACCUAUGAUGGUAUCAAACCAGCUGAUCUCUCGGCAUUGAUUAGUAAGAAUGCUUUUGUAACAAUAUAUUUGAUUAGCUGUUUUACGACAUUGAUUGACCUGUCAACUAAGUUAACUGAUGUGGCUGGGGCCGCCCAUAGGUAAGAUAGAAGUUUUAUUUCUUUUGGUGUUUGAUGUAAGAAGGAACUUUGUAUGAUAGGGUCUUUAUGUGCUACAGAACAUGUACAUGUCAUAGCCAUAACACAGCCAGGUAUUACUCUUCAACAAAUUAUGAAUUCCAUACUUAUA